AUGGAAGAGCUACGCGAGCUUCGAGUGCUAGUGUUGAGGUCUAACAAGUUUGGUGGUAACAUGUCGCUUCCUUCACGGACCAAGUUUCCGUUUCCUCGAUUGCAAGUUUUAGAUGCAUCCCAUAAUGACUAUCUGGGCUCUCUUCCUCAAAGAUAUUUCAUCAAUUUCAGAGCAAUGAUUGAGCCAAUAGAAAUUGAAAAUGAUGAAUUUCUACGUAACGUGGAGAUGAGGCUGAGCUUGAAAGGUCAGGAUCAGUUAAUUACAAGACUAUUGGACACAUUCACAACAAUUGACUUAUCCUCCAAUAGAUUAACUGGAACUAUUCCACCUUCCAUGGGAAAUCUUAAGAUUCUCAAAUAUUUGAACUUGUCCCACAAUAACCUCACGGGACAUAUACCUUCAUCUCUUGGAAAUAUGAGUGAACUCGAAUCAUUGGACUUGUCAACAAACAAAUUGGAUGGAGAUAUUCCAAGUGAAUUGACAAGGUUGACAUUUCUUGCAAAAUUAAACCUUUCAAUGAACAAUCUUGUUGGGCAAAUACCGCGAUCUAAGCAGUUCUCCACAUUUGAGAAUGAUUCAUAUAUGGGAAACUUGGGAUUGUGUGGACUUCCGUUGACAAGAAAAUGCAACGAGGGUGAUGGGAAAUCGAUGCAGACUGCAAAAGAAGAAGUUGAAUAUGAAUUUAUAGAUGGGUUUGGUUGGCGAUGUGUUGUAAUGGGAUAUGGAAGUGGAUUUGUAGUUGGGAUUGGAAUUGGUUACAUGAUUAUAAGAAGUGGAAGGCCAAUAUGUUUCAAAUUUGGAGUCAUUCCGGUAGGAACGUGA